UUUGUAGCAUCAACUGGAAGCUCGGGCACAUUGAUGAACAUGGCUGAGCAGAGAAAGAGAAUGCCAGCUAACUGGAGCCUCAUCCUUGACAACAAUGCCAACCAAUGGGACUAAGAGAUAUUAUAACCAGAUGGAAAUGAAAACAAUGUGACAGGCUCAUAUGCUGGGGAAGGAGAAUGGUAAAACACGAAGAAGUAGAAUUGAAGAGAAUAUCAAUGUGUGUGACAAUGCCUGGAUUCUUGCAAAGAGCAAAAGGCCGGUUGCCUUAAGGAGUGAAGUAUUUUAAGGGACACUGAGGUUCCUUUCAAAUCUCACUGCUUUUCUAUAUACUGAAAGUCCAAUCUUUAUCAUCUUUGGGAAAUGGAGGCAUCUCAAAUUCAAGAGACCGUGGUCAUCGGUUUGCCAUCUGUGCAUCACCAGCACUAAUACUCCUGAAAGUGUCUUAUUUCUCCCAUAUGUCAUCUUUGAGAUUUCGAGUAAAGCUGGUCAAAGACGCAAAGAUCUCAUCGUACGAAUCGAGGAUGGUUUGUGUGGCAUAGGUGGGGGAGUCCAAGGAUACUGUACAUGUAGAGCAGGCACUCCCUCAGGACCUUGAUCUGUUAUCUGUAAAGUGUUUAAAGAUUGUUUGAGGCAAAGCGGUCAGUGUGGAUGUCAGGCUGCAUGCUGUCAAGGCCUUAGUACUGAGCUGUACAAAUGUGACAAAGUUCUCUGCUGAGAUCAGGUUGUGCUUCUUUAAGAGAUGGAUUUUGCAGAGCAAGCUCCUUUUCAUAUUGUCACUCCUCUGAAAGAGAGUCGUGCUUUAUCCAAAUUGGCUGGGACUGAAGUUCUCAUGAAACUGGAAAAUGUUCAGCCUGCAGGGUCUUUCAAGAUACGUGGGAUUGGACACUAUUGUCAGAAGCUUGCGAAGAAAGGCUGCACGAGGUUUGUCUGUUCCUCAGGGGGUAAUGCUGGGCUGGCAGCAGCUUAUGCUUGUAGGGGACUGAACCUCCCAGCAACCAUUGUUGUUCCACAAAGUACUGGAGCAGAUAUUGUACAGAAGCUGCAGGAUCUGGGAGCUGAUGUUGUGAUAAUUGGAAAAGUCUGGGAUGAUGCUGAUGCACAUGCUCACCAGCUGACUGAAACUCCUGGCAGUGUGUAUAUCUCUCCAUUUAACCAUCCUCUCGUCUGGGAAGGCCACUCCAGCCUUGUGUGUGAACUAAAGGCCUCUUUGGGUUCUCAGAAGCCAGGGGCACUGGUUGUUUCUGUAGGGGGUGGUGGGCUCCUGGCUGGGCUAGCUGAAGGGAUGAAGAAGGUGGGUUGGACUGAUAUUCCCAUAAUUGCAAUGGAGACUAAAGGUGCCCACUGUUUGAAUGCAGCUCUUGAAGCAGGAAAACCCAUCAGCCUUCCAGAUAUUACCAGUGUUGCCAAGUGUCUCGGUGCCAAGACAGUAUGUGACAGAGCCUUUGAGUGUACAAGGGAGCACAACGUUAUUUCCAUUACUGUUGAUGACAGAGAAGCCAUACGAGCUGUGGAAAUGUUUUUGGAUGAUGAGUUAAUUUUUGUGGAGCCUGCAUGUGGAGCUGCCCUUGCUGCUGUCUAUUCAGGACAUAUCCAACGCCUGCAGCAGGAGGGAAUCUUGAAGACACCCCUUGACCCCAUUGUGAUGGUAGUGUGUGGAGGCAGUUCGAUCAGCAUUUCUCAGCUAAAACACUUCAAAUCCCAGCUGAAUAUGAAUUGAAAACUCCAAUAAAAUCGAAUUAUUCCC